AUGGAUAAGUUUUUGACAGUUCAAGAACUAAGGUUGUUUUGUUUUAUAGGAGGUGCGUGUGGGUACGGGAACUUGUACUCGGCCGGGUACGGGACGAGGACGGCGGCGCUGAGCACGGCGCUGUUCAACGACGGGGCGUCGUGUGGGCAGUGCUUCAAGAUCAUAUGCGACUACAAUGCGGACCCCAAGUGGUGCAAGAAGGGGGUGUCGGUGACCGUCACCGCCACCAACUUCUGCCCCCCCAACUUCGAUCUCCCGAGCGACAACGGCGGCUGGUGCAACCCGCCGCGCCAGCACUUUGACAUGGCGCAGCCGGCUUGGGAGAAGAUCGGGAUCUAUAGGGGCGGGAUUGUCCCCGUCAUCUACCAGAGGGUUCCAUGCAAGAAGCACGGCGGGGUUCGGUUCACGAUCAAUGGCCGGGACUACUUCGAGCUAGUUCUCAUCAGCAAUGUCGCCAACGGUGGCUCGGUACAAUCGGUCCAAAUUAAAGGCAGCAAAGCAGGGUGGAUGUCCAUGUCAAGAAAUUGGGGUGCAAAUUGGCAAUCAAGCUCAAAACUAGAUGGACAAUCACUCUCAUUCAAGGUGACCACAAGUGAUGGGAUCACAAAGAUUUUCAACAAUAUUGUGCCCUCUAAUUGGGCUUUUGGACAGACAUUUUCAAGUCCAACCCAAUUCUAGGCCCAUUAGUACAUUUUGAGGCCCAAAGCAAAUUACAAUUUGGGCUUUGCUGCUUUUAAAAAGGCCGUGGUGUGCUUUUAUACGAAAAGCAGCCCGCUAAAGGAAUUGAUAUGCAUUUUGGUAAUGGUGAUUGAGAGAAAUGGCAAUUUGGCUAUGGUUAAGCUUCAAAAGAGUUUAAUAUUUUUGAAACAUAAAUUAUUGGUUUGUAAUUUAGUGUUUAGGCUAUUUAGUUUUGAUGAAU